GUCUGACGAUAGGGCCUCUGUUUUCUCGUGGCUAAAUGUUUUGGAAUUAUUUCGACUAAGUGUGUUAUGAAGCGGACGGCGCAAAAAAAAGUACUUUUCGGACCAGUACUUGCGCAAAUCAGUUACUCUGUUUCCUCGACUAAACUGCGCAUGUGCGUUGGGUCUCUGCCACCUUUGCUGGUUAUGAGCUGUUCAUUGAAGAAUUGGCACAACCACACGCGUGUUUAAUUCUCGACACGAUCCCUCCCACAUCUCCCCAUUUGCCAGACCUGCGGAAGGCGGAAAUGUCAUCACGUCGGAGUCGGACUUCCUUAGUGACACGCAGUAAACCGGUCACUCAAGUCCUGUGUCCGACUCAUUCUUUCCCCGUUUUCAGUUUAUGAUUUUCCGACUGCUCGGUACAUUACCCAGGAAGCUGUCAAGGGUGGUGUACCGAUUCCCCAUAGCCAUGAAGCCUCAGGUUGUGUUCGUGUUGGGCGGGCCUGGUGCCGGGAAAGGAACCCAGUGCGCUAAAAUCGUGGAGAAUUACAGCUACACUCACCUGUCCGCAGGUGACCUGCUGCGGGCAGAACGGGGCCGGGAGGGGUCAGAAUUCGGACAGCUGAUUGACAACUACAUCAAGGAGGGAAAGAUCGUCCCUGUGGAGAUCACCAUCAACCUCCUGAGGAAGGCAAUGGAAGAGACCAUGCAGCAGGACUCGGAGAGGUUUCGCUUCCUGAUUGACGGCUUCCCCCGUAACCAAGACAACCUGCAGGGGUGGUGCAAAGUCAUGGAGGGCAAGGCUGAUGUCAAAUUUGUCCUCUUCUUCAACUGUAGCAACGAGGUGUGCAUCGACAGGUGUCUGGAGAGGGGGAAGAGUAGCGGUCGCACAGACGACAACAGAGAGAGCCUUGAGAAAAGGAUCCAGACGUACCUGUACUCCACCCGGCCCGUCAUUGAGCAGUAUGAGAAGCAGGGGAAGGUGCACACUGUCGACGCCUCCCGCAGCGUGGACGAGGUGUUUGCAGAUGUCAAGAGCAUCCUGGACAAGGAAGGGUAGAUGCCCCACCAUCCACUCCAGCCAGCCAUCCCCCACAGCCAAUCACAGAGCUCCUCACGCUCCUGGUUUUAUAUUGCUGGCUUAUGCUGCAGUGGAUGCAGCAAUUAUACAUACACAGAUACACACACACACACACAUAUAUAUAUAUAUAUUUUAUAUAGAAUUUUUCUACAUAUGCAUUUGGAUUUCCUUUCAGGUCAAAGCUGCUUUCCAAAGGGGGUGAUCAGCUGCUCACCCCACAUACACUCCUCACCACAGGAACAAACUGCCAGGGCUUCCUUUUCCAAAACAACAGUUAUUACUACACUUCGGGUGCUCCAACAUAGGCGUUUACAUGUAGACUGACUCUGUGCCUGAAGGGAUCGCCUUUUAAAAGGCAAGCAGGGAUAGACAGCAGAGAGCUUAUUGUUGUUGCUUGUCUGUCAGUCUUUGUUAGCUGUGUGGUUUAAAUGGCUACAGUUGUACAGAGAGCACUGUUGAGCAGCUUGAAGUGUGCUGCUGAGCAUAUGUGAGUGUGCUUGUGCAUGUGAUGGUGGGCUUCUGUGUGUGUGUGUGUG